UUGAGCUGUGCGAAUUGCGGAACGAGUACGACGCCGCUUUGGAGACGUGAUGAUCAAGGGAAUAACAUUUGCAAUGCUUGCGGUCUUUACUUCAAGCUCCAUGGUACUCAUCGCCCCGAGGCGAUGAGAAAAAGCGUCAUCAAGAGAAGGAAGAGA